CACACAUGCAAUCGCGGACACUAAGCUAGUCGCGUUCCGCGUUGCCUACUCCCGCGUCGCGUCGAGCUUAGCCCUUACUGAGCUAGAAAGCGCGACGUCCAUAAACCUAGUGCGCAUGUAGUACGCAUGCGGACUAACGAAGAUACCGACAAGCCCCACCCACCUACCUCACGCGGAGGCGCACACGCGCAGGAUGCCGCCAGUAGAAAGAAACUAGCUACUCAUGUUUUCCUUAGGAGCUGCCACUGCGAGUUGAGCCAAUUUCGCUCUUAAGACACAGCUGCGCGUUUUCCGAGCCGGUGAAAGUGGGACUCCCUAUCAAGACACCGUUGAUAUGAAGACGUCGUUGGUCUUUGCUUUGUUUUGUGUUCAUCUGAGCCUGUGCUGGGCCCAGGCUCCAGGAGAUGAGGAUGCACGAUGUACAACUGAUCAUUCAAACCCCCCACAAUAUCCUGACAAUGAGACGAAUCUGAUGGACAGUUACAGUUAUGAGAACCUCUUACCUGGAAAUGGAACUGGAAACUCUCCCAUAGCUACUGCAGUCUGGAAUGACUUCAGUUUUGAUGGAAAUGAUGUCACUCCUGAAACACUGAGCCCAACUUAUUGGCAGCAAGGAGCUGGAGGAAUAUGUCGAUUUCAGACACGAGUUUGUGGAUGGAGGCAGAAUGGUGUCGUAGUUUCUCAGAAUAACUGGCUCUUUACUCAACACAUCAGUUCAGAUUUUGACUCCAACAUUUACAACUAUGAUGUGACAAUACAUGUGGAAGCAACUUACUCAUUGCAGAGUUGUAGAGUAAGGCAAGGUUGUAUACAAAGAUUCAAUCUUCUCCACUACAUGACUAACUCACAACAGCUCCCCAGUACCAGUGGAAAUGGAUACAUGAAUACCCAAAAUUAUGAAAAUUUUGCAGUACCGGAAGGACCUGUUUCCUCAAAGACUUACACCAAUACCUACAAUUUCACUCUGCCACCAUCUUCCACUGGUUUCUACAUAGCUGUCCAGGACAUUGGGUCAUGUAUAGCUCUAUCAAGACUGAGAGUCUAUCGCAACAACUGCAAGUCUCGUCAGGUUGGACUGGUCCGCUAUCCUGAUGCUCCUGCUCCAGUGUCUGGCUCAGCAAAUAUUGAUAUCAGUUGUGUUGAGAAUGCAGUGGUCUCUGGAAGCUCAGAAGUCACAUGUUUCAGUAAUGGAACAUGGGGUCCUGAGACCCCUGUGUGUCAGUGUAAAUGCGGCUAUGAACCAAAUAGGGGGGCUACAAGGUGCAAUGCCUGUCCAGCUAAUCAAUGGUCAGACGGUACAGUGUGCCUGCAGUGCCCUGCCAGUACUAAGACAACCCAGGAAGCUGCUUGUUCCUGUCCCUGUAAAGAUGGCUACUUCAGAAACAAUGAAACUUCAACAGAAAAGAGACAAUAUGAAAGCCCUGUUGAUGAAGAUUUCACCUACGGAUGCACAAAACCUCCCAGUGCUCCAAGUAAUGUGUUACUGCCAGCAACUAACACCAGUAUAACUGUCAGAUGGUCAGCACCAGCAGACCUUGGUGGGAGGACAGCAGAUCUCUACUAUCAGGUGGAAAUCAGUGACCCAGACAACCUGGGGUCAUACAUUGGGACCGUGUGUGUCCCUGGGUCCACGGAAAUGCGCAUUUUCACUGGCCUCAGACCGUGUACAGACUACUGUGUUAGAGUGACGGCUGAGAAUGGAGUCAGCGACCAGGACCCCACUAGUAAAGACAGCAGGACUGCGACACAAUGCAUCAGAACAAAGGAAGGAUGGUUUGGACCUGUCAAAGACCUUCAGUGUUUUGAACAGGUGGUAGUGUGGGAGCGGCCCGAGAUGCCGGGAGAUUGCGAGCUGGACCAGUAUCAAGUGAUCGUCAGGAAGAACGACAUGGAAAUAAAAAGAUUUCGUAGGGAGCAGUCUUUCCUCGUAUUGGAAAAUACCCCAGAGUUACGUGGAGUAUCUGGUACCCUGUUUAUGGAGGUGGUGGCGGUUAAUGAAGCUGGUCCCGGAGAGAGUAUCUGUAAAAUUAGAGCAGACAUGAAUGAAAACGGCGAAACUCAGUGUACAAUUUUCGGCUGUAUUGGUAAUGAGUGUCCAGAGCAUUGACGAUGAACAACGGAGCUUGUCCGCUAUCAAAGACUACAGUUGGUGAUGAAGGAGGAGAAUGUGUCAAUGUGACAUGCCAAGCCUGUGUGUGGAGAACGCUCCAUUCGCUCGGGUAACACUCAGCCCCAGUCGGACGUGACAUGCUGUCUAGGGAGGUGUCUGGCUGGUUAUAAGGAGCUGCGGUGCAAUGUAUUGGACCAACUACAAGACCCACUGAUGCUGGGACGUGCAUCGUAAGUCACUUUAUACCUGAGUAGUGUAAAUAUAAUUAUAUAUUCAAGAACAGGGUACUAUCAACUGGAUGCCUACCGCAGUCACUGGUCAACUAGUGCCUACCCCAGGCACUGGCCAACUGGUGCCUACCCCAGUGCUGGAG